AUGAAACGAGUGUUGGCUUUGGAGAACGCGCAACCUAUCGCCCUUCUCUCCUCUAUGCUUGGUACUGCUACCAAAUCAUCAUCAUUGCGUCGGGGAGUGUUAACCUCUGCUUUUCAAACUCAUCAGUUCCAUACCCAAUCAAUUUUGGGUGGAACCAAUGCUAAAACAAGGGUUACACCAACUUCUAUUACCACUGUUACUUAUGAAAAACCAGAGGAAAAAAGAGUAAAGAUUGAAAAGAAGUACCUCCGUAAAGCUCAAAGCGCAGUGGAUAAGAGAAAUCCCGAGUCCGUUGAACAAGCCAUCGAAAAUAUAUUUGAAGAUUUGAAAAUUCAUGGUAUUAGUAGACCAAACAUUGAAACAUACACCAACUCUAUAAAUGCUUUGGUUAAAGGAGAAAAGCCUGAGAAGGCUCAUAAAUACUACGACAAGAUGCUUGAACAAUACUCUUUGAAGGAAAUUCCAUUUAGUUUGCUUCUUUUUAUGAUUGACUCAUGCAAACACAAACGAGAAGAGGUUAGAGCUGCCGACUAUUUCGCACAAUUCAAAGAAAAGUUGAAAAUUCACGACGACGCAGGAGAUUCAAUUCCAAAACGUGAAGCAAUCAUCCUAAAGGCCUACACAAAUUUACUAAACAACAUGAGCAAUGUUUUGGAUAAGGAAAAGUGUGACUUAUAUUUUGAGGAGUUUAAAUCCACGUAUGGAGAAGAUAAGGCUGACUACACAAUGUAUGCAUGUAUGAUGAAAGUGAAUUCAUUUCUUCAAAACUAUGAUGAAUGCGCUCGAAUUUUGGAUACUGUCAAGGAGAGAGUUUACACAAUCAUUCCCUCAGGCUCUGAUAUAAGCCAAUCAAACCCCUCACAGGUUUUGACACUCUUCUACACAAUGAUGAUUACAGCUUGUUCAUCUGUUGAGCAAGUGGAAAUCGUUAGAAAGCAAAUGGAAGAUGAGCAAAUUAGUUACAACGACAGAACAUAUGUCAACAUACUCAAGAAAUACCUCCAAUUUGACGAGUACAAAAAGAUGUAUGAUCUCUAUGAGAAUCAUUUAAAGCCAAACACAUCCAUCAGAGCUAAGGAGCCUGUUUUCUUUUUGUUGUUGGAAGCAUGUUAUCGCGAAGGAUUCAAGAGAGGUGAAGAAUCUAGAUUAGCUACAGGAAAUGAAAUUUACAGGCAAGCCAUUUUCGAUAUGCAACAAAUCAGGAGAUAUUGGUCAGAGAUGAGAAAUAGAUAUGGACACAAGAGACAAAGCGAAACAAUAAUUGAGGCUCUUCGCAAAAUUGUUGCAACAAACAAACAAGUCAAGAAAGAGUACAGCGACCAACUCAAGUCCUUGUUCAAACAACAAAAACAAACAAAACUGGAGCAUCUCAAGAAACUUCAUUCAGCAUCGGAAAAGAAACACUAG